AUGUUGUUUGCCGACGAUAGCAUAGUGUUUUGUAGAGCCAUAAGGGAGGAAUGUGAUAGGGUGUUAAAAGUGCUUAAGGAUUAUGAAGGGGAUUCGGGACAAAAACUCAAUAAGGAAAAAACCUCUCUCUAUUUCAGCAAGAACACUAGUAGGGAGAUAAAGGAAUAUGUGAAGGAGAAGUUUGGGGCUAAAGUUGUUCAGCAUCCUGAGAAGUACUUGGGGUUGCCACCACUUGUGGGGAGGGGAAAAAGAAAGGCUUUCAAUCGAAUCAAGGACCAAGUAGGGAGGAAAAUAGCUUGUUGGAAGGGUAAGUUUCUUUCUCAUGCCGGAAAGGAAAUCCUCAUUAAGGCCGUUGCUCAAGCAACGCCAACAUAUACGAUGAGUUGUUUCAAACUCCCGAAUACGUUGUGCAAAGAGCUGAACUCCCUAAUGGGAAACUUUUGGUGGAGCCAAAAAGAUAAGGAAAGGAAAAUGGCUUGGAUCUCAUGGGAGAGGUUGUGCACUCCAAAGGCGGAGGGUGGUAUGGGAUUUAGGGACUUAAAAGCUUUCAAUUUGGCACUACUUGCUAAACAAUGGUGGAGAAUGCAGCAAAAUCCUGAUUCUCUUGUCCAUAGAGUGCUCAAGGAAAAAUAUUUCCCAAAUAGUGUGGCUAGUGAGGCGGAGUUGGGAAGUAGACCUUCCUAUGCAUGGAGAAGCAUAUGGGCAUCGAAGAAAGUGGUUGAUAGGGGGUCUAGAUGA